AUGAAUGCUAGAGCACGCUCAACUCUUCACUCAAUCAAAUCUUCUUUCAAUGAUGCCAAACAGGAGAAGAAGAUGGAGGUUGGAGGAAGCAAAGGAAUGAAAAAUGGUCGUCGAUCUAAUCGAGAAAAGAAGAUUGCAUUGCUACAAGAUGUAGAUAAGUUGAAGAGGAAGCUUAGACAUGAAGAGAAUGUUCAUAGAGCUUUGGAAAGAGCAUUUACAAGACCUUUGGGAUCUUUGCCUCGUCUUCCUCCUUAUCUUCCUCCAUAUACAUUGGAGCUUCUUGCUGAGGUAGCAGUGUUGGAGGAAGAAGUUGUAAGGCUUGAAGAACAAGUUGUGAAUUUCAGGCAAGGUUUAUAUCAAGAAGCUGUGUACAUUUCAUCUAAAAGAAAUGCGGAAAAUUUGAAUGAUUCUAUUGAUCAAAACCACAUGAGAAAUAGUAGUUCAAAGCAUCAAAGAUCGAAAUCUUAUUCGCAAAAUGAGUUUAAUUCAAUGACAACAACAAAGGUGACACCACAGAAUUCUCUUGCCAGAAGUGCUUCUAGCAGGAAGCUAUUAUUCUCUCCUGACAGUGUCAAUAAUCGCAGUGGGGGGAGUAGUAAUGGGAAGCAAUUGCACAGAAAACAAGAUUCAUUCUCAUCUAUCCAAGAAGAGGGAAGAGGAAAAGAGAAUCUAUUGUUUGGUAACUUUCUGAAAGAUAAACAGUCUCCGGUGAAGAAAAUAUCGAAACUCAUUACUCCAUUAAAGAAAUCUCCACAUAAACAUGAAUCACCUCAGAAGAACUCCGUGGAUCACUUCAAAUUGCAGCUGGAUUGGAGAUUAUCAGAACAUGAAAGAGCUUCAUCAAAUUCGCCAACAAAUAAUAAAGUGUCAAAAGUUGAUAGCACACCGAAUAGAGUUUCGGAGGAUCUUGUCAAGUGUUUGUCUAACAUAUUUGUGAGAAUUAGUACAUCCAAGGACAAAUUUGUGGAACCAAAAACUCCUUCAACCUCUGGAUCAUCUUUCAACCAAUACAGCAAGGAAAACGAUCAGUUUUGUGAUCCCUAUGAUAUCUGCUCAGAAUCCAUAACAACAGAAGUUGGUCCAUAUAAGAGUUUAUGUGAAGUUAAAGCCUCUACCGUUGAUCUCAACAAAACAACAAAUGCGAUGUUUCUUAUCCACAGAUUGAAGUUUCUUCUUGGGAAACUCGCCUCGGUGAACUUGAAGGGCCUUAACCAUCAAGAAAAACUUGCAUUCUGGAUAAACACAUACAAUUCAUCUAUUCUGAAUGCAUACUUAGAACAUGGCAUACCCGGAAGUCCUGAAAUGGUUGUAGCACUAAUGCAAAAGGCAACAAUAGUAGUAGGGGGACAGUUGCUGAAUGCAAUCACAAUAGAACAUUUCAUCUUGAGACUACCUUAUCACCUUAAAUUUACAUGUCCAAAAGCUGCAAAAAAUGAUGAAGUGAAAGCAAGAAGCAUAUUUGGAUUGGAAUGGUCAGAGCCCUUAGUAACAUUUGCACUUUCAUGCGGAAGCUGGUCUUCACCUGCAGUGAGGGUGUAUACAGCAUCAGAAGUUGAAAAUGAGUUAGGAGCAGCAAAAAGAGAUUAUUUACAAGCAUCUAUUGGAAUCACAAAAUCAAACAAGAUAAUAAUUCCAAAGUUGUUGGAUUGGUAUUUACUAGAUUUCGCCAAGGAUCUUGAUUCUUUAUUGGACUGGAUUUGUCUCCAAUUACCAGAUGAAAUAAGAAACCAAGCAGUUAAAUGCCUUGAAGGACAAGAAAGAGAGUCUCUUUCAAAGAUGGUACAAAUGAAGCCUUAUGAUUUUACUUUCAGGUUGCUUUUACACACCAAUGAAUAA